AUGUCUUCUGAUUCAACCAAUCAAGAAAUAUAUAACGAUUCUUUAAUACAGUCUAAAGAGCAAACCGCAAUAUCAACCCCAAGCGGAAUCAAAAGAGCAUUUAAGGAGGAAGACGGCAAUUCUUCAUCAUCACCUGUCUCCAAGAGGGCGAAUACAGACAUUAUCACUGACAAUAUGAAUUCUGUUCAAAUUCAAAGACCAUCUGGAGGUUUUGGUAAUGCUCCUGGGAUCAUUCCGUUAAAUCCAAGCAUGGAAAAUAUUGGGCCAGGAGAAGAUGGAUCUGUUGAAUUGAUGGAAGUUCCUGACCAUACAGUUGGGUUAGUUAUUGGAAGAGGUGGAGAACAGAUCCAAAAUAUUCAAGCAACUUGUGGAUGCCGUGUACAAAUGGCAACAACAGCAAAUGCUCGUAAUUGUAGAGAAGUUACUUUAACCGGGAAUAAAGACGCUAUUCUUAAAGCUAAAAAUAUGAUUAAUGAAAUUGUAAACACUGUGAAGCAAGGAAGUCCAACUUCGACACAACCUCGAGUAAUUCAUGCAGAAAUGUCAAUUCCAGGAAGGAAAUGUGGGCUUAUUAUAGGUAAAAAUGGUGAUACCAUAAAAAAUUUGCAACAACAAACAGGUGCAAAAAUGAUGUUAAUUCAAGAAACACAUACAACUAGUGAUCUACCUAAAAUUUUAAAAAUUAAUGGUGCUUAUGAACAAGUUGAAGCUGCAAAAAAAGCAGUUCUUGAUAUAUUGAAUGCACAUGAAGUUAACAACGGUGGUAGCAAUAACACACCAACAAGUCAAGUUACUCGUCCUCAAAGUCAACGAUUUACUAACCCAAGUGAGGGUGGUUCUUAUGUUGGUGAGGUUAUUGUUCCUAAAACUGCUGUUGGUAUGAUUAUUGGAAAAAAUGGAGAAACGAUAAAAAGAUUAGCAUUUGAUACAGGUGCUAAAGUUCAAUUUAAACCUGAUUCAAAUCCUGAAGGUACAGAUCGUACAGCAGUCAUACAAGGUACUGCAGAACAGAUAUCUAUUGCUACAAGACUAAUAUCUGAAAUUGUAAAUAAAUGUGGUGGAAAUGGACAAAAUCAAGAAACUGUAUAUAUGCCAGUACCAUCUAACAAGACUGGACUUGUUAUUGGUAAAAGUGGUGAAACUAUCAAGUCUCUUAUUGCUGAAUCAUCUGCACAUAUUGAACUAGCUCGUGAUUAUCCUUGUGAUGCGAAUGAAAAAGUUUUUUCUAUUAAAGGAACACCGUACGCAAUUAGUCUUGCUCAGCAUCUUAUUCGUAUAAAAAUUGGUGAAGUUUCUGUUGGUACACCAAUGCCUAGUUAUAAUCCACAAAUGCAAGGGCAUGUGUAUCCAGGAUAUCAAAAUCCCAGUUAUCUACCAAACCAACAAUGUUUUUCAGGAAACAAUCAACCAACUCAAUGGAAUAAUCAAGAAGCAUUUUAUCAGUUGGGAGGCAAUUUUACUGGCUCAGCUCCAUAUGGAAGUGGAAUGGGUUACAACUCACAACAAAGUGGACAGAUGCAGAAUGGACAAGCUCCUACAACUCCAGUUGGUGCUGUUGGAAGUGUUCCACAAAGUCAAGGAAAUCAACCAGAUUACUCAGCAGAUUGGGCUCGAUAUUAUAGAAGUGUUGGAAUGAUAGAACAUGCAGAAGCUAUUGAAAAAUUGUUAAAAAAGAAUACUAAUGGGGCUGGAACAGGACCAGUUAAUGGUAAUCCAGCUACAUAUCAAAGUAAUUUUGAUGGAAAUAGAGGAAUGAAUGGACAACAUGGUUCUGGGACACAGUCAUCUGGUCCAUACAAAUAUCCUCAGUAA